GGUUGCCAAGGAAGUUGUCAUACACAUGGAGUGGAGUGCUUCCCACACAUCUUCAUCCCUUUGAGUAUGUUUUAUUUUCGAAGCCAGAAGUCAUCAUGGGGGACCUUUUUUCCUUAUUUUGGCACGUGGAUCCUCCCCCUAUUCCUUUAAGUUUUUCCAUGCCAAGUCAGGAUUAUGAAUGCCGGAAAGAUGACUCUUGUGGAACAAUAGGGAGCUUCCUGCUAUGGUAUUUUGUCAUCAUAUUGAUCCUGAUGGCCUUGUCUCGAGCUUCUGUCUGGAUGUCUGAGAAGAAAAAGGAUGAAGACAGUGGGGCAAGCACUUCAGUAAGUAAAGCAAGUAAAGAUUCUUCCCAUAAACGAUCAAACAAAGAUGGUGCCUGGGACUCUUCACAAAUGAUGAAAAAAUCAAAGCUGAGCCAACUUACCCCUGUGACUAACUCAGAAGUGGCUUUGGUCAAUGCCUAUCUCGAACAAAGACGAGUCAGCCGCCAUUUUCAGUUCAGCCAGGUGAAUCAGACCCAUGACAGCGAUACUACUGAGUGUGACAGUGACGAAUCUAACUCUGGAGCCUCCUCGUGGAAGGAGAGUGAAAGUGAACACCACCUACCCCCAGUCCAUGUUAAGAAGAGAAAAAUAGUUCAGAGGCAAAAGAAUCUGGGAACUCACCAAACCAGGGACAGGCCCUGUCUCCACUGCAAAGCCAUGAGAACCAAUGAAUGGUUGAUACGCCAUUUCCUUCAAAACACUUCAGUAACAACUCCCAUAAGAGGAGAUAUUCCAGAGGAAAAUUGUUUACCUGACAUUGACAAAAAAUACCAGUAAAUUUGGAAUUUUAUUUGCUACUUACCUUACUUGAAGCCAAAUGAAGAGAUGAAUGAAACAUGAAAAAUCACCAGAGCUCUAGGUGAGGAGGCUUUUACAAAAAAAAAAGUCUUUCUACCAAAAACAAAAACAUACUUUGAACCCAAGCGGUAAAAUUUCAGAUAAUUAUUUGUCCCAAAACAGGCCAGUGAAUUUGUUUAUGGCAUCAUUGGAACAUCCAAGUUCUGUUCCUGCCAUUGUUUUUUAUUCAAAAGAGCCCAAGACAGAUAUUUUAUGCUUUGAGUGUAUGUAUUUUGUUUUUGUCUGUAUACAAAUAAGGAAGCUCUUUGAAAAUAUACUUACGUUCAG